UUUUUUUUUUAGUUUCUGUAAAACUUUCAAUAAUAUGUCAACUGAAAAUAAGAUUCCCAGUGAAGACAUCUUGGCACAGAAGUGGGAUCGCACCAUUUCAAAUUUCAUUGUUAAAACAGGACUUGGUUUAAGUGUCGGCAUUGUUGCCUCUGCUUUAUUAUUUAAAAAACGUACAUGGCCCAUUGCUAUUGCUACUGGUUAUGGUUUUGGUAAUGCUUAUGCCGAUGCACAGCGUACAUUUCAUCCUGCUAACGUUCCAGGUGCUAAAAUUGUAAAGGAAAAACCUUCUGUUUAAAUAUAUCCACCAAGCACAAAAAAAAAAUAAUAAAAUAAAUAAAAAAAUAAAAAUAAAUGCAUGUAUAAUGUAAGCAUAAACAUAUCAUAUGAAACUAUCGAUAUGAUCUCACGUUGUAAACAAGAGCUAAGGGCAUAUUCCAAAGAAUAAAAUCUAUUUAAUUUAGUAGAUAUAACUUAUUCUAAUUACACCGCAAGUAUAUCGCUUUGAUUUUAUUCUUAUGACAAUCAUUAUCAUUGAAACAAAUUAAAGUUACUUAACGC